UGUUCUCAUUUCGUUAUUCUCAAAGGGUGCCAUACGCAUUUUUUCUUCUCCUCCACAUUAAACAGGCCGUGUUCACUUAUUGGACAUUUUUGCCAUUACGUGAAAUAAGUUGCGUACAACUUUUGUUUUGUUUUGUGGUCUCUCGUGAGUUCGUGAAAGGGAAUGUCGAACGGUGAAAGAUCGGUUAAUGAGGCGCCUGCCAUUGGCAACAUCAUGGCACAACAGAAGCUCCUGGAAGGUUAUGUGGGUUUUGCCAAUCUGCCCAACCAAGUGUACAGAAAGUCUGUCAAGAGAGGCUUCGAGUUCACCCUCAUGGUCGUGGGUGAAUCGGGUUUGGGAAAAUCUACGCUGAUUAACUCCCUCUUCCUGACAGACUUAUAUUCUCCUGAAUACCCUGGCCCCUCACACAGAAUCAAGAAGACCGUACAGGUGGAGCAGUCGAAGGUGCUGGUGAAGGAGGGAGGGGUCCAGCUGCUCCUCACCAUCGUGGACACGCCGGGGUUCGGGGACGCUGUGGACAACAGCAACUGCUGGCAGCCAGUCAUCGAUUACAUCGACAGUAAGUUUGAGGACUAUCUGAACUCAGAGUCCCGGGUCAACAGACGGCAGAUGCCCGACAACAGAGUCCACUGCUGCCUCUACUUCAUCGCCCCCUCCGGACACGGGUUGAAGCCUCUUGAUAUAGAGUUCAUGAAACGGUUACAUGAAAAAGUGAACAUUAUUCCCCUCAUCGCCAAAGCGGACACAAUGACUCCUGAGGAGUGCCAACAGUUCAAGAAGCAGAUCAUGCGUGAGAUCACAGAGCACAAAAUCAAGAUCUACGAGUUCCCGGAGACGGACGACGAGGAAGAGAACAAGAUAGUGAAGAAGAUCAAGGACCGCCUACCGCUGGCCGUUGUCGGUAGCAACACCAUCAUUGUGGUCAACGAGAAGCGAGUUCGUGGGAGGCAGUACCCCUGGGGCGUUGCAGAAGUGGAAAAUGGAGAGCACUGUGACUUCACCAUCCUGAGGAACAUGCUGAUCAGAACCCACAUGCAGGACCUAAAGGACGUGACCAACAACGUCCACUACGAGAACUACCGCAGUAGGAAACUGGCAGCGGUCACCUACAACGGAGUGGACAACAACAAGAACAAGGGGCCCAUGACUAAAUUUGACACAAGUGACGGCAUGAGUCCCCUGGCACAGAUGGAGGAGGAGAGGAGGGAGCACGUGGCCAAGAUGAAGAAGAUGGAGAUGGAGAUGGAACAGGUGUUUGAGAUGAAGGUCAAGGAGAAGAUCCAGAAGCUCAAAGACUCUGAGCAAGAGCUCCAGCGACGCCACGAGCAGAUGAAGAAGAACCUGGAGGCCCAGCACAAGGAGUUGGAGGAGAAGAGACGUCAGUACGAGGAGGAGAAGAACAGCUGGGAGGCACAGCAGAGGCUGCUGGAGCAGCAGAAACUAGACGCGUCCAGGACCUUGGAAAAAAACAAAAAGAAGAAGAUAUUUUAAAUGUAAUGCAGGAACCCUGUAACAAUGUACUAGUUGCCAAUCUACCAUUCUGGACUGUCAGUUUGUCUGUGGUCUCACAACCUGUUACCGUGUGCGUUUGUGAAGGAGGAUUGUGUCUGGGGUUAGUGGGUUAUGACUGGGGGACAGAGCAGUAGGAGUACGAUAGAGGGUCCACCAUUAAACCCCCUGUCACUGAUGUGCUCAGUUCUAGAGCGUGCACCGCCUCUAUAAUAUGCCUGUUUUCACUUCCUCUUCUCUCCUGCUCUCCCUGAAGUAUUUUUCUCUUCUUCCUGAAAUGGGCACAGUUGUACGCGUUAUGUGGUUCACAGUUAAUAAGCACACAGUCUCUCACACAGAGACAUGCUAAACAAAGGUAUGAGCUGUUGGGUUCCUUCCAGGAAAUGAGUCCGUUUUGAGUUGUCAUUUGAACGUUCUGUCAAAAAGCGCACAUGUUCAGUUUAGUAAAUAAAAUUCCCAUCUCAAGUGUUUAAAUAAAAGCGGUGACUUUAGUAAGUGCCUAUUCAGAGUCAACUCUGGUCCCUUUUUCUACAACUUCAUCGUUGUCUCUAAAUGAAGUAACAACAUUUGCUAUUUCAUCAUAAAUCAGCCAUGUAACCCCCUAACACGGGGGGUAACUGGGUUGACGUGCUGUGCUCUUCUCACUCAGUUUUCACUAGAAAAUAGCAAAACUAUGCAACUGCUUUAAGACUAUGAUUUGAGAUGUAGUUGAGGUGAAUAAAAAAAUCACAUAAAAUCUUCAGAAAUGACCGGAACAGCAACAGAGUUGACUAGUGCUUUGUGAUCGCAGUGAACUGUGGACACAGUGCAAGGUGAAGUGGGUCCCAAUCUGAUAAGCAGUGAAUGCAGUGAGGUGUUUGUCACAGAACAGUUCUGUCGCUUUAGCAAAUCUAUUCAUAAAACAAUGUGGUCCACAUGUUUUGAAGGGCACUUUAAAAUAACACGCUUUUAAAAGUCAGUGUCAGUGCAGAUAAUGCAAAUAUCGGACGACACAAAAGGGACUCAUUCCUUCGAACAUUUCAGGAUUUAGUUUUCUUCAGCCCCCCCCCCCCCCCCCCCCCCAUUUCUCUCCCCUUUGUUAAGUAACCUUGGAGACAGGCUGCACUGCUUUGUUGUAGUGUCCUUUUUAACACCAAAUGAUUGAACUGAGGAGUAGUCUAACAUUUUCUCCCGCUCCUCGUUUUCUCCACUGACUGCAUCAGUUUAACCUUAAGGCUGAAGCUGCACACCUCAGGCGUCAUUUUUUAAACUCAUUUAGUUUUUCAGUUAUUUAGUCAUUGCCUUUUUUUUUUUUUUUUUAUACCUCAACCCAAAUUGUUAUGCUCUACUAUUGUGUAAUUUAAAUUAUAUAGCCCUGGACCACAUUGUCUAACUUCAGUCAUGUUAUUAUAACGUUUCAUUUAUUAUUAUUUUGUCUGUUUAAAAUGUUUGGCUCUAUUAUAUUUGCCUUGUUAAACUUGUAGUUCUGUUAAUUUUUUUUGUAUGUAUAUAGGCAAUUUCUAAAUUUGGUUUUAGAGGUCCAUUAGCUACGCAUACUGGAUUUCACUUCACUUGACAUAACAGGCCUCUGGAUCUGGGGAACCCGGUUUUAGAAAACAGUGGGAGGAAAACAUGGUUGUUUUGUCAACCUGUUAACACAAUAUCACUGUUAUUGCUUCCCCUCAAUCGCUAAUGACUGUAAGGACACAGUCUACGGUCUGAGAUAAACAACUUUGGGGUUACCUUCUCUACAUUAACUCUGUUCAUGUACUGCAUCUCUGUAUUUUUCUGUUUUAUUCCGUUUUUAUUGUAAAGUCACAUAAUAAAUGUGAUGAUACAACCCCAUGUGGUUUUAUUGAAAUAUUGGGCACCAGACAGUGUUUUUCUAGAGUUUGAAGGGAAUUACAGUAGUAAGAUGCAGUCUUGUUCAUUUUUGAGUCAAGUGACCUGCGGAAAGAUUAAAGUUUUUGUUGUCUGGCUCGUG